AUGAUCGGCGUUAUCGCGAAACUGACCAUCAAGCCCGGCACCAAUGCCGACUUCGAAGCGACCAUGAAGGCCUUGCAGGCCAAGGUUCAUGCCGACGAACCGGGCAACAAGCUCUAUGCGCUGCACAAGACCGGCGACGUUAACGUCUAUGUCAUGCUGGAGCGGUACCAGGACCAGGCGGCGCUCGAGGCCCACCGGGCGGCGCCGCACUUCAAGGAACUCGGCCGCAAGCUCGGCGACUAUCUCGCCGGCCGCCCCGAUGUCCAGGACGUGUUCCACGCCAACCAGCGCAGCAAGCUCGACCUCUACGAGGGGCAGGGCUUCAUCGUCCUGAACGAUCCGGCCUAUGAGGAUUGCACGCUGAAGGGCCGGCAGGUCAGCAUCUUCUUCGGCGACAACUACGUCAUCUCGUUCCACGACCUGAAGGCGGACAUCUUCAAGCCGGUGCGCGACCGCAUCCAGACGGCGGGCUCCCGGCUCCGCACCUUCGGCAUCGACUAUCUGGUCUAUGCGCUGAUCGAUCUCGUGGUCGAUCGCAAGUUCCCGUUGAUCGAGGCACUGUCGACCCAUCUCGAGGAGCUGGAGGAGGAGGCGCUCGGCCAUCCCACCAAGGACACGCUGGCGCACAUCCACCAGGCGCGGCGCGCGCUGGUGUCAUUCCAUCGCAUCCAGUGGGCCGAGCGCGAGACGGUUCUGGCGGUGAUGCGGCCCGACGUGCCGUUCAUCAUGCCGGAGACGCGCACCUACCUGCGCGACUGCUUCGACCACGCCGUGGCGGUACUCGAACUGGUCGAGAGCUACCGCGAAAUGGCGAACGGCCUGAUGGAAGUCUAUCUCAUGGAUUCGUCGAACCGGAUGUCCGAGGUCAUGAAGACCAUGGCGGUCAUCACCGUGUUCUUCAUGCCGCUCAGCUUCCUGGCCGGCAUCUACGGCAUGAACUUCGACCGCGAUACCGGCAACAUGCCCGAGCUGGGCUGGAAGUACGGCUAUGCGCUCUUCUGGGGUGCCAUGACGUACCGGAUCUUCGGCUCGGAACUGUCCCCCUACUCGGUGAAGGUCCGGUCCUUCUUCCGCUACAAGAACAUCGACCACGACUGGAUCCCGCGCUCGCCCGCGGUGCAGGCGGAGUUCCAGAAGUACGCCAAGCUGCCACUCGUCCCGCUGGUCGUGACGCCGGAAGGCGAGGGCAUCCAGGAUUCCACGCCCAUCCUCGAACGUUUCGAAGCCUCGCAUCCCGAGCCGUCCGUGAUCCCCGACGAUCCGGCGCUGGCCUUCGUCUCCGCGCUCCUCGAAGAGUAUGGCGACGAGUGGGGCAACAAAUGGAUGUUUCACUAUCGCUGGCGCUAUCAGCCGGAUGUCUGGUCGACGGCGGAACGCAUCGCGCUGCAGAUGAUGGGGGCGCAGGGCCCGCUUGCGGUUGCACAGGCACGCGCGGCAGUGGCCGAACGCAUGACGGGACGGCUGGGCUUCGUGGGCUCCAAUACGGCCACUGAACCGGUCAUCGAGGCCUCGUUCGCGAAGGCGCUGGCCCUGAUCGAGGCGCACCUCGCGUCACGCCCCUACCUGCUGGGAGGCCGGCCGGCCAUGGCCGAUUUCGGGCUGUGGGCGCAGCUCUACGAGGCCGCGACCGAUCCAACGCCGGGCGCCCUCAUGCGGGCCUUCGGCGCCCAAGGCGAUGGCCUGGGUGCAGCGGAUGCUGUCGCCAAAGGCCGAAGGCGGCUUCGAAACGCUCGACGCGCUUGCGCCGACGCUCGCACCACUCCUCUCCCAGGAAGUGGGCGCGCUGUUCCUGCCGUGGUCGGCGGCGAACGCCGCCGCGAUUGA